AUGGUUAUCGAUGAUAUUUUUUCUUUCGCAGUAGCUGCUGAAAUUAUAAAAGGUCAUGAAGAUAUUGAACCACGAUUUGUUGAUGAAUGCAAAGAGAGGCAUGAUUGGCCAAAAUGGAAAGAUGCAAUCCAAGUUGAGUUAAAUUCCUUGGAAAAACGUGGUAUAUUUGGACCUGUGGUUCAAACACCACAAGGUGUAAAACCUAUGGGAUAUAAAUGGAUGUUCACAAGAAAGCGUAAUGAGAAAAAUGAGAUUGCAAGAGAAUUGGCUCGAGAUAGCGCCACAAUAAUAUUCUCCAUACAACCUGAUCAAAUUGUUCGACGGACAGCAAAUUUCCAUCCGAGCAUUUGGGGGGAUCAGUUCAUGAAUUAUGAUCCAGAAGACAUUAUAACUUAUUCCCAUAAGCAACAAGAAGUUGAAGACCUGGAACAAGUAGUGAGGAGGGGAGUAUUCACAACUGGUGCAGGUGAUUUUUCAUAUCAGAUGAAGCUAAUUGAUGCAAUCCAGCGCCUCGACGUGGCGUACCACUUUGAAAAGGAAAUAGAAGAAGCACUGGAACAUAUAUAUGCUGCAAAUCAUUUCCAUGAUGAUGAUGGUGAUGGUGACCUAUACAAUGUUUCCCUUGGUUUUCGGCUACUAAGACAACAUGGACAUAAUGUUUCAUGCAGAAUAUUCAACAAGUUCAAAGAUAGUAAAAAUGGAGGCUUCAAGGAAAGCUUAAUCGCUGAUGUGCCGGGAAUGCUAAGUUUUUAUGAAGCAACGCAUCUGAGAGUGCAUGGAGAAGAUAUACUAGAAGAGGCUCUUGUUUUCACGACAAAACAUCUGGAGUCGGCAACAACCCAUGUAAGCUAUCAACUGGCAGAACAAAUAGCUCAAGCCCUAGAGAGACCGCUCCGAAAGAGUCUAGAGAGGUUAUGCACCCGUCGGUACAUGUCCAUCUACCAAGAUGAAGCUUCACAUAAUGAAGCUCUAUUAAAACUUGCCAAGUCAGAUUUCGAUCUUGUUCAGUCUUUGCACAAACAGGAGCUCAGUGAGAUUAUUAGGUGGUGGAAAGAAGUAGACUUCAAAAGGAAGCUACCUUUUGCAAGAGACAGAAUUGUGGAGUUAUACUUCUGGGUUGUGGGGGUCUAUUUUGAGCCUCAAUACCUCGUUGGAAGAAAGAUUCUCACAAAAGUGAUUGCCCUGAUAGCAGUAAUGGAUGAUAUCUACGAUGCAUACGGUACAUUUGAAGAACUCGAGAUCUUUACGAAAGCAGUUCAAAGAUGGAAUGUGAAUUGCAUGGAUGAACUGCCAGAGUACAUGCAAAUAUUCUACCGUACGCUUUUGAAUGUUUUCAAUGAAAUGGAGGAGGAGAUGGUGAAGGAAGGAAGAGCAUAUAGAGCUUACUAUGCAAUAGAAACUUGGAAAAAUGCAGCCAAAGCUUACUUUGAUGAGGCCAAAUGGUUCCACGAAGGAUACAUCCCCAGCAUGGAGGAAUAUAUGCGUGUUGCUACAGCAUCUGCUUGUAACACCAUACUUACAACUAUAUCUUUACUUGGCAUGGGAGACAUUGUAACCAAGGAGUCCUUUGAGUGGUUGUUGAAUGACCCUAAAAUUCUUAGAGCUUCCAAUACCAUUGGCAGGCUCAUGAAUGACAUUGUUUCGAGCAAGUUUGAGAAAGAGAGAGGGCAUGUUGCUUCUGCCAUUGAUUGUUACAGGAAGCAAUAUGAGGUGUCAGAUGAGCAGGAAAUAAUUGAUGCCUUCAACAAACAGAUUGUGGAUUCGUGGAAAGAUAUCAACGAGGAGUUCCUCGGACCAACCUCUGUGCCAAUGCCUAUCCUUGUACUUGUUCUUAAUUUAACAAGAAUAGUGGAUCUCGUCUACAAAAAAGAUGAUGGCUUCACACGUGUUGGAAAAGUCAUGAAAGAUAGUGUUGCUUCUUAUUUCAUUGAUCCGGCACCACCAUGACCCUGAGUCUG